CAGAGUCAGACUGAGACAUAAAAAAAGUUUUUGUUGUGCUGCAAAGAGAGCCUGGGGUUUAUAUCUGAGACACCAUUUGUAUGUUGUAGAUGAAAUCAGAGAGAGUUACGCCACACGGGGGGAGAGAUAGUGCCUGGGCACAAGAGCGUAAAAUGUUGAGUAAGAAGGGGAGGAGAGAACAGGGGAGGAGAGGGGUUGAGAUUGUUUAGGAAGGGUGAGUGGUUAUUUGUCUGUCUUGUUCUGCCCUCCCUUGCUCUCUCUCUUUCAGGGUUUUCUCUUUACACUUUCUCUUUACAAACUGAACGGGAAACAGACUGUUUAAAAAAUAUUGGCUACUUCUGGAGAACUGACCAAAGAAAUUGAUGAUUUAUGAAUUGAGGACUUUAUGAAUGCAGGCUUGAAAAACCACCAUUUUUUUAAAGAUUGUUUGUAAACAGUUUUGAGAGAUUAUUUGUUUGCACUUUUCUGGACAAGACAUUUCACCUCCAUUCUUUCUAAACCACAGCAGUUGUCUCCAUUCCUGUUGGACUAUGGUAUAUUCUGGCGCUCUGCCCCUAUCUGGAUAACCUGAUUUCAUUGGAUUAUUCUUUGGAUACUGAGGAACACUGGUGAAGAUAUAUUGGAUAAAGUGUGCUCUUUUCAACUCAAGCUGUCAACCAUAAAGAUACAAUGACAACAUUUACUAAGCCGUCCAUGCCAGACAUGACAGACAUCUAGAYCACUCCCUCAUUCAACUGUCAYAGAUAGGGCUGCCAGACAGAAACCGUCAGGCUGCACUGAACAGAUCCCCCUCGGACUAACACACCACAACCAGGAAUCCCUCCUCAGGACAAUGGCCACGGGAGGGAACGGGCUAGGAUCUGACCGGAGCCUGAAAUCCACCUCCCAGCCGCCCAGUGCCUCUGACCAGCGGCAGGUGGACAAGGCCCUGAAGAGGCUGGAGAAGCUGCAUCGGCUAUGUACCAACCUCAGGCUGGGCCUGAGGAACAGCCCCCCGUACCUCCCCGGGGUGGUCUCAGAGACAGCCACGCUGCUCACCCAGGUGUGGGAGCCGUACAGGGGGCCUGCAGCUGGGGGGCAGGCCCCCCGGGGGGAUGAGGGGGAGUACCUGAGGAUCCAUGCAAGACACCUGCUGGAUAAGACUAACCGGGCCGUGCUGCUGUUUAAAGAGGGGCGCGAUAAGAUGUUCGAGGAGAUGUCCAGCUACAGGAGAAACUUGACCAAGCUGUCCCUGCUCUUCAGUCACAUGCUCUGUGAGCUAAGGGCCAUGUUUCCCGAGGGAAGCUUUCAAGGCGACACCUUUAGGCUGACUAAGACAGAGGCCGGAGAGUUCUGGAGGCGAGCAUUUGGAAACAAGUGUAUUGUGCAGUGGAGCAGUUUUAAGCAGCAUCUCCGUAGGGUCCAUGACUUUGAAGAGGGGAUGGAGUCCAUGGCUCUAAAGUCAACUGUAGAUCUCACCUGUAACAACCACAUCUCAGUGUUCGAGUUUGACAUCUUCACCAGGCUAUUCCAGCCCUGGAGGUCUCUUCUGAGGAACUGGAACCAGUUGGCAGUGACCCAUCCUGGCUACAUGGCCUUCCUCACCUACGACCAGGUCAAAGCCCGCCUCCAAAACUACCUGCACCAGCCCGGGAGCUACGUCUUCCGUCUGAGCUGCACUCGGAUGGGCCAGUGGGCCAUUGGUCAUGUGACUGGUGAUGGCGACAUCGUACAGACGAUCCCCCAGAAUACACCUCUCUACCAGGCCCUCAUCCAGGGCUUCAGGGAGGGCUGCUAUCUUUACCCUGACGGACGUGAUGUGAACCCAGACCUCACCAGUCUGUGUGAACCAGCACAGAGAAGCAGGGUCAAAGUCACAGAGGACGAGUAUGAGAUGUACUGUGAGAUGGGUAGUACCUUUCAGCUGUGUAAGAUCUGUACAGAGAGAGACAAGGACACACGCAUCCAGCCCUGCGGACACCUGCUGUGCCAACCCUGCCUCACAGGAUGGCAGGUAUGCCUACUCUCUCCACCCCUCCCUCCCAAACACAGCACCUUCUCCCACUGCCCUUCCCCACAAGCCCCCUUACGGCCCUCUGUGCCCGAUAUACUGGCCAAAUACUCCCACUCUAACUCGCGUUCUGCUCACAGUGACACCCCCUCAGACAGAGCGCUCACACACCACACUGCCAGCACUAACAGUGAGGAUUCUGUCUCAGAGCCAAACCUCCACUCCUGUUGUGUCUCCUCCCAGUCCCGUGGAGAGGGUGGAGCAGCCUGGUUAGGGGCCUCAGAUUCAGUGAAACAGAAGAGACAAAGAAAGGAGUGAACGGACGUCAGAGUUCGGGUGCAGCCAGAGAGAGCGGGAGAGAACCAUGUCCUCCUGACUCUGGGAGAAAAGAUAAGCACAACAUCUCUGACUGACUCAAGAAUGGAUGGAUAAUAGGAAUAAGAAAGGUCCAUUUCCACUGUUCCUGAAAAACAGCCAUUGUUAAUCUCAUGUACCUUAUGUAUAUGUAUCUUAUGUAUGCCUUAAUAUGGAGGGAGAAUGCCCUGUUGAUCUACUAAUAAUGACAUCAAAGUGAAUGGAGAAGGACAGACUGAUGGAACAACUCACUGAUGCCCUCUGCUGCACAGCAAACAGAGUUAGCUGCUGCACAGUUCCAAUAACAGCUCAAAUUCUUUCAUUGCUUGAUGUGUG